CGUCACUCUCGCCUAGUUUUUGCAGACCUCGACAGCUCGGAAUCAUGGAGGUCGGUGCUCUCUUCAGAACCCUAAAGCCUUCCAGUUUGCUGCUCACCAAGUCUCUUACAGUUCGAUGCUGUUCAACGUCUCCUACACCAAUUCACCCAGGAGGAAGAAAACUGGUGAAGAGAGCAUAUGAUGGAUUGCUAUUGGAUGCCGGGGGUACCCUUUUGCAGUUGCCAAAGCCAGUAGAAGAAACAUAUGCCGCAAUUGGGCAAAAAUAUGGAUUAAGUACGAGUUCAGCUGACAUAAAGCAGGGAUUUAGAAGGGCUUUUGCUGCUCCGUGGCCGGAAAAGCUUCGGUACCAGGGAGACGGAAGGUCAUUUUGGAAACUUGUGGUUUCGGAGGCUACCGGUUGUGACGAUUAUAACUAUUUUGAAGAAACUUAUGAGCACUAUGCAAAUGGUGAUGCAUGGCGUCUUCCAGCUGGAGCCCAUGACACAAUGUCAAUUCUUAAAGAUGCUGGAGGUUAUCAAGUGUUUUCUUUGUCUGCUACAACUAAUCAUACUGAACCUGAAUGUUUGUUAAUAUCAUCUCUUUUGCCUUUUCUUUGCUUCUACUUAACAAAAACUGUGGUACUGGUACAGUUAAAUUGGCUGUUGUAUCCAAUUUUGACACCCGCUUGAGGAAGGUGUUGAAGGACCUCAAUGUUCUAGAUCUGUAAGUAUCAAUGCCCUCUUUUGUUCUCGUGUCUUGCAAUCGUUGCUCAAGCUAAUAGCUCCUUUUUUUCCCUGCUAAGUGUACAAGUUAAUGUCAAUACUGGGAUAAUCAUGCAGUUCUAAAUAUAUCCAUAUUUUGGUGAGUGUGAUUUAAAUGCUCUUUGUGUUGGUAGAAUAGUCCAUGAAACUGGUUUGUUGGAUGGGUGAUUCACUGCUCACCAAAGUGAAGAUACAGAUGCCCCCCCCUGUGUGUGUGUGUGUGUGUGCUCGUGCCCGUGGGUGUGUGGUUUUUUGUGCGUGUUUGUUUCAGGGUAUAUUUGAUGGGCAUGCACUUAAGAAAGGGCAAUGAUAUCGUACAACAAGUCUCCCUAUCUAAUUUAUGGAAUUUUUAGUCCUUGAUUUUUUUUCUAGGUUUGAUGCUGUUAUCAUAUCGUCGGAGAUUGGAUACGAGAAACCAGAUGCAAAUAUAUUUAAGGCUGCUUUAGACCAAAUUGGUGUGGAGGCUGCUAAAGCAGUACAUGUUGGAGACGAUCAAAAGGCUGAUAAGGCAGGGGCUAAUGCUGUUGGGAUUGACUGCUGGCUAUGGGGUACAGAUGUGAAGACAUUCUCAAAUAUACAAAAUUGCAUCCUCCAUUCAGAGCCAUAGGUGGGCAUGGGUCUCAUACUGUCCCCUCAACUCAACUCUUUUAUUUUCCCUCUCCUUUUGUUUUGUGUAAAGUUGGUUUUGCUAUCAUAAAGAGGUCAGAGGCCAUCAACAUAGAUUUUGAGAAUUAUUAUCCAUACAAAGGGUUUAAUGUGUUGGAGAUUGUUUGAAUAACUUUUUGAUGCAUUAUACAGG